AUGCCUGCGCCCACCGCGCUGAAGAAGGCAGAGGAUGCCCCGCCUGUCGCUCUCAACGGCGAUGCGAUGCCAGAAGCCAUGGAACUUGGAAAUGAAGAGGAGGAGUUCACUCUAGAGACCACCGACAAUAUCGAUCCCGACACGAUUCUUGCGCCCGUCAAGAACAACAACGACUCGAUGAUGGUGGACGAGGAGGGCCGGCCCAGGUUCGCGGCAGCAAGAGAUAUCGACCCUGUCACCCGCAUCGAGACACGCAAAAUCCCCGUCCCACCGCAUCGCAUGACACCAUUAAAGCACGCGUGGGUGGCCAUCUACCCUCCCCUGGUCGAGCACCUCAAGCUGCAGUGCCGCAUGAACAUCAAGCGCAAAACAGUAGAGCUACGCACCUCGAAACACACACAAGACUCGGGCGCAUUGCAAAAGGGCGAGGACUUUGUCAAGGCAUUCACACUGGGAUUCGAUGUGGACGAUGCGAUAGCCCUGCUCCGACUGGACGAUCUGUACAUUGAGACUUUCGAGAUCAAGGACGUGAGGACAAUGCACGGCGACAGCCAAGCGCGCGCCAUCGGCCGCAUCGCCGGGAAAGAUGGCAAGACCAAGUACGCCAUUGAGAACACCAGCAAAACACGGAUCGUCCUGGCCGACUCAAAGAUCCACAUCCUCGGCGGCUUCAAGAACAUUCACAUUGCUCGUGAGUCAGUUGUGAGCCUGAUCCUGGGUAAGCCUCCAAGCAAGGUUUAUGGAAACCUCAGGACGGUAUCGGCGCGGAUGAAGGAGCGGUUCUAG